AUGCAGUCAAGCUGCAAUGCUACUGGCUCAAGUUCUCCUGCUAAGGCAGCAGUAGGAGGAGGAGCAGCUGCUGCUGCAUGCACAACCCGUCCUUCUCAUACGACGAAGCCCGGUUUGGCGCCAGUUGCGGCGGACGAAAUUGACGCCAUUAUUCCGGAUUCCUCAAGCCGCCGCCCAUACCUCUCCCUUGCAAGCCUUCGGCGCCUUUUGGCGGCGAGCGCGGCGGGUGCGACGGAGCGGAUCGAGGGUCUGUUUCCGGCCUUUUCAGGCCUGGUGUACCUAUUCGUCUACCUGCGCGUCCUGGUUCGCCGCACAGCGCGCAUCAUGCUAGCCAGGGUGUUCAACACCAUCAUUGGAGGGUCGGGGUCCAAGCUAGAGCGCGCGCUGGGGGAUGCGUUUCCCGAAAGGGAGCGGUUCUUUGGGGUGUUCAACACCAUCAUGGGGGGGUCGGGGUCGAAGCUAGAGCGCGCGCUGGGAGAUGCGAAGCCUUUCGUGUUCAGCACCAUCAUUGGGGGGUCGGGGUCCAAGUUGGAGCGCGCUUUGGGAGAUGCGUUCCCGGAGGGGGAGAGGUACUUUGGGCUUGAGAAUUUCGGCAACACGUGCUACUGCAACAGCGUGCUGCAGGCGCUCUACUUCUGUGUACCGUUCCGCGAGCACCUACUGGACUACUACGCCAAGCACAAGCCGGCAAACGAAUCCGAGGAGACGCUCCUCACGUGCCUUGCAGAGCUCUUCAACCAGGUACGCCAAGCAACCCUUUUCGCCAGAUGCACGCACCUCCGUCUCAGCGCGCCUCAGUCCUCCGCGCAUCUCAGUCCUGUCAACGAGUCCGAGGAGACACUCCUCUACCUCGUAGAGCUUUUCAACCAGAUCAACUCCCAGAAGCGCAAGACAGGGGUCAUUCUUGCGCAAGACAGGGGUCAUUCUUGCGCAAGACAGGGGUCAUUCUUGCGCAAGACAGGGAUCAACUCGCAGAAGCGCAAGACAGGGGUCAUAGCACCUCGCCGCUUUGUGCAGCGAGUGAAGAAGCAGAAGGAGCUCUUCCGCAGCUACAUGCACCAGGACGCACGCGAGCUGCUCACCUUCCUGCUCAACGAUCUGGUGGGCGGUCUAGAGAAGGAGGGUGGGGUGUCGUACACUCCACCCACCCAUGCACCAUCCCUGGGGCCUGACCUGUCCUCCUGUGCCAGGCAGGACACACGCGAGUUUUUGAGUUUCCUUCUCAACGAGCUGGUGGGCGUUCUUGGGAAGAGGGCAGCAGAUGCACGCAUACACUCCACUCACCCUCUUUGCCACCCCUGCCCUGUCUGUGCCUCCCCUCCCUCCUUCCGCGCCACCCCUACCCCAACCCCCGACGCCCACGAGUUCCUCAACUUCCUUCUCAACGAGCUCGUGGACAUUCUGGAGAAGGAGGCACGGGCAGGCAGGGCAGAGGCGGGGAGACUUAUCCACCCCAACCCCCCUGCUGCUGCUGCUGCUGCUGCUGCUGCUGCUGCUGUCCCUGCUGCUGCUCCAGUUGCUUCUGGUGGUGCUGCUGUCGCUGCUGGUACUCUAACAAACGAAACACGUUGUCUGUGCUGUGAGACAGUCACGGCUCGGGACGAGGCUUUUCUGGACCUCUCAUUGGACAUCGAGCAGAACAGCAGCGUCACCAGCUGUCUGCGCAACUUCUCCUCCACAGAGACGCUCAACGGCAACGACAAGUUCUUCUGUGAUACCUGCUGCAGGUGGGAGGGGGUGUCAGCAGGUGGGAGGGGGUGUCAGCAGGUGGGAGGGGGUGUCACCAGCUGCCUGCGCAACUUCUCCUCCACAGAGACGCUCAACGGCAACGACAUGUUCUUCUGUGACACGUGCUGCAGGUGGGUGUGGGACAGGGAGCCUUGUAGUGCUUUCACCGACCUGCGGGAAGCGCAGAAGCGGAUGCGCAUCAAGGCACCCCCAAGAGUGGUGGCCCUGCAUCUGAAGCGCAUCAAGGCACCCCCAAGAGUGCUGGCCCUGCAUCUGAAGCGCAUCAAGGCACCCCCAAGAGUGCUGGCCCUGCAUCUGAAGCGCAUCAAGGCACCCCCAAGAGUGCUGGCCCUGCAUCUGAAGCGCAUCAAGGCACCCCCAAGAGUGCUGGCCCUGCAUCUGAAGCGCAUCAAGGCACCCCCAAGAGUGCUGGCUCUGCAUCUGAAGCGCAUCAAGGCACCCCCAAGAGUGCUGGCCCUGCAUCUGAAGCGCAUCAAGGCACCCCCAAGAGUGCUGGCCCUGCAUCUGAAGCGCAUCAAGGCACCCCCAAGAGUGCUGGCCCUGCAUCUGAAGCGCAUCAAGGCACCCCCAAGAGUGCUGGCCCUGCAUCUGAAGCGCAUCAAGGCACCCCCAAGACUGCUGGCCCUGCAUCUGAAGCGCAUCAAGGCACCCCCAAGACUGCUGGCCCUGCAUCUGAAGCGCAUCAAGGCACCCCCAAGAGUGCUGGCCCUGCAUCUGAAGCGCAUCAAGGCACCCCCAAGAGUGCUGGCCCUGCAUCUGAAGCGCAUCAAGGCACCCCCAAGAGUGCUGGCCCUGCAUCUGAAGCGCAUCAAGGCACCCCCAAGAGUGCUGGCCCUGCAUCUGAAGCGCAUCAAGGCACCCCCAAGAGUGCUGGCCCUGCAUCUGAAGCGCAUCAAGGCACCCCCAAGAGUGCUGGCCCUGCAUCUGAAGCGCAUCAAGGCACCCCCAAGAGUGCUGGCCCUGCAUCUGAAGCGCAUCAAGGCACCCCCAAGAGUGCUGGCCCUGCAUCUGAAGCGCAUCAAGGCACCCCCAAGAGUGCUGGCCCUGCAUCUGAAGCGCAUCAAGGCACCCCCAAGAGUGCUGGCCCUGCAUCUGAAGCGCAUCAUGGCACCCCCAAGAGUGCUGGCCCUGCAUCUGAAGCGCAUCAAGGCACCCCCAAGAGUGCUGGCCCUGCAUCUGAAGCGCAUCAAGGCACCCCCAAGAGUGCUGGCCCUGCAUCUGAAGCGCAUCAAGGCACCCCCAAGAGUGCUGGCCCUGCAUCUGAAGCGCAUCAAGGCACCCCCAAGAGUGCUGGCCCUGCAUCUGAAGCGCUUCAAGUUCAUGGAGCAGCUGGGGCGCUACAAGAAGCCCUUCCUCACCCCCCUCUCCUCCCCCCCCCCCCUCUCAACCCCUCCCCUCCCUCCCACCGCUCAUCCAGCCUGCAGGAGGCGCAGAAGAGAAUGCGCAUCAAGGUACCCCCAAGGGUUCUCGCCCUGCACUUGA